UACGACUUCAGGAAGAACAUUGGUGACGGGCAAAUUCGUGACUCCGCCGAGACCACAGCAUCCGAAAUAUUCUCCGGGGCAAGUGGGAUAAAUUGAUAGGAGGAAGGCACAGGCAAGUUGAAAGUCGCCUUCUUGUUUGCCUUGCCUUGGCUCCGCCGGAACAGACAGAGACCGAGAGGAGGCGAAAUCGCGAACAGACCAGCCAUGGGCGUGACCAAGGAGGACGUGGAGGCCGCCGUCGCCGCCGCGCUCAGCCCCACCCACCUCGUGGUCACCGAUACAUCCGGCGGGUGCGGCGCGAGCUACGAGAUCGAGGUGGUCUCGGACAAGUUCGAGGGGAAGCGGCUGCUGGAGCGCCACCGGAUGGUCAACACCGCGCUGGCGCCGCUCAUGGCCGAGAUCCACGCCGUCUCCAUCAAGGCGCUCACCCCGGCGCAGGCCCAGCCCAAGCCCCAGCCGGAGCCGGCCGCCGCCGCCGCCGACAAGCCGCAGGCCUGACUCGCUCCGAAGGAAGCACUGGUACCGAAACCACACCAUGUCCGCCGUUGGAUGUUGGGAAUUCGCAUCAUACAGUACUCUCUGCUUGAAUGAAUAAUGUAGCAAGAUGCGUCUGCGGAAUCGAGACUUUGCAGUGGUGCUAUGCCUGGGUGAUAAGAUUUUGCUGCGUUUUGUCCAUGUGAUUGUGAUGAUUCAGCGCUUCUGCUCUAA